UCUUAAACCAUGGUGCUAUUUACGCUAAUGUACUCGAUAAUGAUUGCUUAGUUGAUGGAAACACAAUAAUAGAUAUAUGUGAAAGAAAGUAUUAGCUAUUGCUAAUAGUACCAUUAAAGGAAGAAAAUAAUGUGAUAGCAAGAAAAAAAGAGAAGCUAAAGCACUUUCAUAGGACCCAUACCAUGUCUCCUCACUAGCCCCCCCGAGAUGAUGUGAUUUUUCUUUUUAAUUAAUUCCUUUUCCCUUCCUCUUCAAUAUUUCUUUCACCUUCUCCAUCCCAGUUUAUUCUUUUCUUUUCUUUUUCUUUUCUUUUUCUUUUUCUUUCUCUUUGGUGUUAGCUACUAGAAACUCAGUGUUUCUAGUGAUGUCAGGAAACAAAGGGAAACAUAUAGCCGAAGGGUCAUCAAGAUCAGGUGGUGGUGGUGGUGGUUGUGGUGAUGGUGAUGGUGGUAAUAAUGCUAUUGGUCUUCAUCAGCAGCAGCAGCAGCAGCAAAACCCACCUCCGUUAAGCCGGUACGAAUCUCAGAAACGGCGAGACUGGAAUACUUUCGGUCAGUAUUUGAGGAACCAAAGGCCGCCAGUUGCUCUAUCUCAGUGCAACGCAAAUCAUGUCCUUGAUUUCCUGAGAUAUCUGGAUCAAUUUGGAAAGACUAAGGUGCACUUACAAGGAUGUGUGUUUUUUGGACAGCCAGAGCCACCUGGUCCUUGUACUUGUCCACUGAAACAAGCUUGGGGUAGUCUUGAUGCCCUAAUCGGACGGCUAAGGGCAGCUUAUGAAGAAAAUGGUGGGUUGCCGGAGACAAACCCAUUCGCAAGUGGUGCUAUUAGAGUUCAUCUACGGGAAGUGAGAGAUUCUCAGGCUAAGGCCAGAGGAAUUCCUUAUAAGAAGAAGAAGAAGAAGAGGAAUCCUAUGAAAGCCAUUACUGAUCAUGAGAGCUCCAGCUUUCCCAUGCAGUAAUCCUGGGAUUUGAUUAAUUCCUGUGGUCCCUAUGAACGAAAUGAUGGCCCUCAAAAGUUUUCAAAGUCUUGCAUAUAUAAGCCGGUACGUGCUAUACCAUUUUGGAGCUCUAUCUGGUCCUUCUUGGAUUGGGUUCUUGGUGUUCAUCAUUAAUGGCUGAAGCACUGUAAUCCAUACCUAAAAUGAGAGAAGUGAUAGUGGAAGUUGGUGAACAUAAAAGCAGGAGUUGAAGUUGGGUAAGUAACAUCUUCUCCUCCUUUUUCCCUUUUCAGUUAAAUUACUAUCUUAUCAGACAUAUAGAGUUGAAGUAUGUUGUCAAUCAUCAUGUACUAAUAUUGAUGAAAUUAAUUAAACAAUCCUAGUUGCAAUUUU